CUGUCACCGUAUGUCCAGUGUGUGUAGUAUGGCCGUUCUGUACUGGGUAGUGGUGCUCUGUACCGUCGUGCAGGGCUCCAGUGUGUACAAGGUGCCCAGGAGAUCGCCCCCGGAACUGCCCCCGGCGCCGCCCCCUCGAUCACCUCUGCAGCCCCCGUGGGUGGCUGACGCCCUUAGUGAAGCCAUAGGCAGGUUUAUCCCCCAGGGAGGCUCAGCUGACUGUCGCAGACAUGCACAACUCUACCGCGAGUCUCUGGAUAACCUCACUCUGUGGGCCGUACAAAUGCACGACAGUUCUGCGACCUCUGCCGUGGGUCUGCUGCCCGGCAACAGCUACCAGCUCGGACACUACGACUCCUGUACAUCCCUCAGUGUGCCAAGUCUCCAGCUGUCUGGUCGCUACUGUCUCGCCGACAUCCAGUUCUGGCCUGGCCCUGACAUCUACCCGGGCUUCCAGUCUCCACACCCGGCCUCCAAGUUCGUGCCUCCGGACAACCGCCUCUCUGUCUGGGAGAGGUUGAGGAUGAACUCUGACCUGUCCCACCGCAGACGAGAAGUGCUGCACUGGGCGGUCUGUGUGCCGGCCUCGUGCGACGCCGAGGUCGUGGCGACCUCACUUAACCUCGCUCUCCACAACUCGGUCCCCGGCCUCGGCUUCAACGUCAGCCUCAGUCCACACCGUUGCCACGCCAAGACUGACGAGAGACCACCCUCCCUCGGCUUCUACAUUGUAUGGAUGAUAAUUGCUGUAGCAAUUUUAAUCGCGUUCGUCGCCACUGGAAUGGACUUUUUCAUCUACCAACCUGGGCGAAACCACAACCGCAGCGUCAGAAGGUGGCUUAGGCCUUUCUCCAUGUACAAGAACAUGAGCAAACUCGUGACCCCCAACGCUAACUCAGAGUUCGCAGAGUUUCACGUGUACAAGCUGAUCGCCAUCUUGUUUGUUAUCUCUGGCCAUCGGCAGAUGUACGCCAUCGGGCAGACUCCGCUGUAUAACGUCGACUGGGUAGAGGAGUUCCGCGCGCUGGGAUCCGUUGGUUAUGUUCCACACGCCAGUUCCGUCGCCGAGAUCGAGCGGGAGAGCCGAAAACAUGCUAUGGGCAGUUGA